CCUGGACAGCUUGGGGUAGGAUUCCCAACCUAGAGCUGGUGGCCCCAACAGCAGAUAGAGCCAAUGUAUGCCAGGGUUGGAUGUAGGUCUGGAAGACUUCGCUAUAAAGCAGCAGCCCAGAGACGUGGGGCACCGGAGUACCCCCUGUCUGGGGAUUCUAGGGCCCAAGCCGUCUUCACCCUAGUUAGUGGGGGAAUGGUGGCUUCUGCUCUCGAAGGCUGUGUUUGCAGUAAAUUGUGAUAAAAUCAUGAAUUCAGAGGCAGCUCUCAAAAAACAGUCCUAAUCACCCCAUCGUCCCCUGCCAAGUGCCAGCCACAGCAGAGAGGGUUCCUCUUUGUCCUGCCCCAAGUCUUCCCACCACGGGGGAACCGCCAGGGUGAGCCUGCAAGCCCCCCCCCCCCACCAACACAUCCAGAAGAAGUGACAUUAAUUACCCAUUUAAUACAAAUUUCCUCUCCCAUGACUUGGAAACAUUAAGAGACCUUUCCUGCAAUGUGAGUAUUAAACCAAACAAAGUACAUAAAGGUUUCAGCACUGGGUCCUUGGUUCCUGAUGACAACAGCAGUCAGGUUCCCAGCUGAGUUCAAAGAGCCAUGAGGCACGCCCUGGAGGAGGCUCCACUAGUCUCAGCACCCCAGUGGGUGUGGGAGAGCCAGGAGGGGUUCGGGAGGCCCGCAGCGCUUUGAUGGCUCUGCUUACCACCUCCUCGCACUGGCCAGACUCUUGCCUGAGGGACUCAGGCUGCAGUCCCCACCCUCUACUGUCUCUCUGCCCCACCCUGCCCCCACACACCUCUCAAGCCCUGUGAUCCUGUCUCUCAGAUCUGCUUUGGGCACAGUGAGGAAGCUGGGAAAGAUCCAGGGGCAGGGCAGCGAUACGAGGACCUGGCAGGUCUGGGGCAUACCUGGGGAAUUCCAAUCAGUCUUCCGGGUGCUCAGGAGCUCCCUUCCUUCUCCCCCCCCCCGCCACCCCAGUGUGAGCCAGGACACAGUGGGACCCUAGGCCACACAGUACCAGCUCCAGAAGCCCAGGACUGUGACCAGUGCAGCCCAGCAAUGGCCAGCCCCCGGUACCCGGUGUCCGUGUGUGCAGCAGCCCUAGUCCAGACAGCGCGGCAUCAGACAUUUGCCUUCUCUGUGUGCUGGUCGGACGGCAGCGACACCUUCGUGCGCCGGAGCUGGGAGGAGUUCAAGAAGCUCCAUAUCCUCAAGGAGACCUUCCCCGUAGAGGCGGGCCUACUGCGGAGAUCCGACCGCGUUCUCCCCAAGCUUCCCGACGCAUCGCUGUUGGUGCGUGGGGGGCGCACAGGCCGCGGCCUGGCUCGCCUGCGGCUGCUGGAGACCUAUUCCCGGACACUGCUGACCGUGGCUGCGCGUGUGUCCCAGAGCCCAGCGCUCAGCAACUUCUUUGCACCGCAACCCCUGGACCUGGAGCCCAGGCUGCCAGCUGGCAGUCUGGUGAUCCUGCCAGCUCCUGAAGAGCCCCUAGGCCGCCCAACGGACACCCUGGCCAUCCGUGGCCUGGAGGCUCAGAGCCUGCGAUGCCUGCAGCCCUUCAGCACCCAGGACAUGCAAGGCCGCCCUUUCCACACACGGGCCCAGGAGGUCCUAGACGUGCUGCUGCGACACCCCUCAGGCUGGUGGCUGGUGGUGAACGAAGACCAGCAAACAGCGUGGUUUCCUGCUCCGUACCUGGAGGAAGCAGCCCCUGGCCCACAACAGCAGCCCUUGGGGAGCAGUGGGUCUCAGUUCUGCGCUUCCCAAGCCUAUGAGAGCAGCCACGCAGAUGAACUCUCCGUGCCUGCUGGAGCGCGGGUGCGCGUGCUGGAAAUGUCGGAUCGCGGCUGGUGGCUCUGCAGGUUCGGCGGGCGCUGCGGUCUCCUCCCCGCUGUAGUGCUGCGACCAGAGGGGCUGGGCGCGCUUCUGAGUGGGUCAGGGCUCCACCGCCAGGAGGACAGUGAAGAGGCCACGGUGGGAGAUCCCCAACGUCCCCCUGAGAUCCCCCAAGGGACAACGCUACCCCCUAUGGUGCCCGCCCACCCUCCACUCAGCGCCAUUCAGGCCCGCUGCUGCACCAUCACCCGCAGGGCGCUGGCACGGAAGGACCCUCUCCAGGGCGUGUGGAGCUGCGCAGAGGGCAGGACCAAAGCUCCAGACCCCGGGGGGGACUGAUGCUAGCCGGGCCACCGGCACCACAGCCGUGGGAGGAUUAUCCGAGGGUCGGACCUCUGACUGGCGGGGCCAGGAAACCAACCUCCCCCAUGUCCCGAGUAAAGCUCUUCCACUGAGGCACAAGCUAGUAUCUGUGCUGAGGGGCAGGACCUGCUGGG